GCAUCAGCUCCAUCCAAGCGAGCAUCUGUAGUACAGUUGUUCAGUCAGCCGAGGGGAGGGACCGCACAGACCUCAGAUACAGCUGCAGACACCGAGCACUGAGUCGACGUCAGAAGUUAACAGUCGGUUUCUUCUGCUCUGGACUGUCGACAUUUCCUAAACAACAACAACAACAACAACAACAACAACAACAGUAAUCAUGGCAGAAGCCCACCAGGCGGUGGCCUUUCAGUUCACCGUCACUCCGGAGGGCAUCGAUGUGCGGCUGUCCCACCAGGCCCUCACUGAGAUCUACCUCUCCGGUGUGCGCUCCUGGAAGAAGCGUCUCAUCAGACUCAAGAACAGCGUGAUAACGGGGGUUUAUCCUGCUAGUCCCUCGUCCUGGCUUUUUGUGGUCAUAGCAAUCCUGGCUACUAUGUACACUCGCUCCGACCCCUCCAUGGGACUCAUAGCCAAGAUACAGGAGCACCUGCCAGUCAGCCAGUCCAUGAGCUCCCAGUGCCAGGCGUUAUUGUCAGCAGUGCUCUUCAGCACCAUGCUGUGGCUCCUGCUCAUCUUCACCAUGCGCCUGUGCCUCAAACAACUACUGUCAUACCACCGCUGGAUAUUCGAGCAACACGGCAAGAUGUCCAACACCACUAAAGUCUGGGUGGCGCUGGUGCGGAUCUUUUCUGGCAGGAAGCCUCUGCUCUACAGCUACCAGGGUUCGCUGCCAAACCUGCCUGUGCCUGCCAUCAAGGACACAGUCAAGAGGUACUUGGAAUCCGUGCGUUCGCUGAUGGACGAUACACAAUAUGAACGCAUGACCAAUCUGGCCGCAGAGUUCGAGAGCAGCCUCGGUAACCGCCUGCAGUGGUACCUCAAACUCAAAGCUCUCUGGGCCGCCAACUACGUCAGUGACUGGUGGGAGGAAUAUGUUUAUCUUCGUGGACGCAGCCCAAUAAUGGUCAACAGUAAUUAUUAUGGCAUGGACUUCUUGUACGUGACACCCACGCCCAUCCAGGCGGCCCGGGCAGGGAACAGCAUCCAUGCGUUCUUCCUAUACCGUCGCAAACUCAACAGAGAAGAGAUCAAACCUAGUCGUAUACCCGGCACUGUCAUUCCACUGUGUGCAGCUCAGUGUGAGAGGAUUUUCAGCACCACACGCACUCCUGGAGAGGAGACCGACUCUGUACAGCAUUGGCAGGACAGUGACUAUGUGGCAGUAUACCACAGAGGUCGCUACUUUCGUCUCUGGGUGUACCAGGCAGGCAGACUCCUCUCCCCGAGGGAGAUCGAAUUCCAGAUUCAGAGGAUCCUUGACGACCCUGCCCCUCCUGCCAAAGGAGAGGCCAAACUUGGGGCCCUGACUGCUGGAGACAGAAUUCCAUGGGCUAAAGCCAGAGCGGAGUAUUUCAGCAGUGGGGUCAACAAGCGCUCUCUGGACUGCAUUGAAAAAGCCGCCUUCUUUGUGACUCUGGAUGAUGAUGAACAGGGCAUGAUGGGAGAUGACCCAGCGGCUAGUUUAGACUGCUACGCCAAAUCCUUGUUACACGGGAAAUGUUACGACAGGUGGUUUGAUAAGUCCUUCUCUGUCGUUUACUACAAGAAUGGAAAGAAUGGCAUCAACGCAGAGCACUCGUGGGCCGAUGCACCGGUGUUAUCACAUUUAUGGGAGUACACCUUGGCCACCGACUGUUUCCAGCUGGGAUACAACGCAGAGGGUCACUGCAAAGGAGAAGUGGAUUCAUCACUACCACGGCCACAGAAGCUGAACUGGGAGAUCCCCCCAGAAUGUGAGGAGCAGAUCUCUCAGUCUCUGGCGGUGGCCCAGGCUCUAGCUGACGAUGUGGACUUCCACGUGUUUGCCUUCCGAGACUUCGGCAAAGGAAAGGUCAAGAAAUGUCGAGUCAGUCCAGAUGCCUUCAUUCAAAUGGCUCUUCAGUUGGCCUACUACAGGGACCGGGGGACGUUCUGUUUGACGUACGAGUCCUCCAUGACCCGUCUGUUCAGGGAGGGCAGGACCGAGACCGUUCGCUCCUGUUCCAAUGAGAGCUGUGCCUUUGUCCGCGCACUGGAGGGCGGAGAGGCAGCAGAUGUGUGCAGGCGUUUGUUCCGCUCAGCGUCGGAAAAACACCAGCUUCUAUACCGAAUGGCCAUGACCGGAGGCGGUAUCGACAGACACCUCUUCUGCCUCUACGUGGUGUCCAAAUACCUUGGAGUGGAAUCUCCUUUCUUGAAAGAGGUGCUGUCUGAGCCCUGGCGUCUGUCCACCAGUCAGACUGCAGUCCAGCAGAUGGAGCUGUUUGACAUGGUCAACCACCCAGAGUACGUCUCCUGUGGAGGGGGCUUUGGACCGGUGGCUGAUGACGGUUAUGGGGUGGCCUACAGCGUUUUGGGAGAGGACGUGAUUAACUUCCACAUCUCGUGCAAGCACUCGUGUCCAGACACUGAUGCCCAUAAGUUCGGUGCUCAGAUCAGAAAAGCCCUGCAUGACCUGCUCCAGCUGCUGAGCCCUUACCAAAAAGAGCCCACCAGGACAGAAAAGACACGGCCGGAGGUCAAGAAAGACCUGUAGGCGCCUUACUCAGGUGAGAACGGAUGCUGAAGGGAAGGUGUGCCAGCAUAAAUGUUACACCAUAAAAUGAGUUGGGAGAAUUUUUUUAGCCAGCCAGAUGAUAUUAAAGACACAGCUCCAUGGGGAAACUGAUAUAAUGGAGAUGAUGUUUUUUUUUUUUUUUUACUGAUUUGCAUCUGUAUUUGUGUAUGUAUACUAGCUGUGUGGAAAGUGUGUGAGAAGGAAGAAACAAAUUCUAAAGUGUCAUUCAGUUAUCAAGGACAGUACAGUUUAUUGGUUUAGUUUAGUUUCAGCAGUCAAACCUUUGAAAACGAUGACAGGGUUUGAUUAUUAUGAAAAAGGACAAUAUAAACUGCACCACUCAAAGUUAGGGUAGAUGUUCCUAACACCUCCCCUUAGUGCAGGGAGUCAUUUAGAAGACAUUUAAGUGUAGUUUUGACACCAUUGAAUAUGCCAAACUUUUUGUGCCACUACUUUUUCUGUUGUUGAAUUUGUUUGGAAUAUGUAACUAGAAAUGCGUGAUACAUCCUGAGUCUUGGAGCACUAGUAUGGAGUGAAAACACGCACAACUGUUGAGGUCUGAACGCAACAUUGCUGUAACAGUGACACAGGUAUUUUAAAAUCGUAGAAGUCUGUGACUUCUUCAUGUUUACUCACUCUGUAUAAAUCUGCUUUCUAUACAAACACAUGAUUGUAAUGCUGUGCUGAGAGUGGCAGGCUGUUACACAUGUAGUGAAAUGACAUGGCUCUGUUAGACUCAUAGGUUGGCAUUACUGUUUGACUGGUAUUAUAUUCAGUGCCAACUUUUAUGUUUAUGUUUUCAAACUGUACAUACAAAUACUGUAGGUCAGUUUAUCUUUCAGUGGUCAGUAACCAAGUUUAACUGUACUGUAAUAAACCCCAGUAAUUUUAUUCUAUAAAUCUGUUUAUUUUAUUUCUAUCACUGUGUUAUGAAAGAAGCACCAUAACAAUGCAAGCUAUAGUAAUGGACACCUUGUGCAGAUAUACAGUGCUGCGGGUCAGAUACGGAUUAGAUGUUGUUUGACAAAGGAUGAUGCAGAUUCCUUUUAUUCUCCAUUGAUUAAUGCCUUUUUUGUUUUCACUCCGGAUCAGUUGAGCUUGUCUUGUUGUGUUGCUUUUGUCGGCCUUUUUUAAUGCAUUAUUAUGAGAGAACAUAAAGUCAUUCUUAAAGAA